CCAGCUCAUAUGCAGAACUUCCCCACUUCUUCAUCAAGGCCAGCAUGACUCACCAUAUACCAAAAGAAACAGAAGGGGAAAUCAGGAUCGAGGUCAUUGACCGGGCAGAAGAUGUUGUUGCGGGUUUUGACUGCAUGUGCAAUGCCUUCGGCCAUCAAACCCGCGAUACCCUAUGGAUAGACCUGAAUCCAGGGUGGGACAAACCCGGCCCUGAAGGUAGAGCCCGAGGUGCCCAACUCCUAGUUGACUCAUGGCGUAACAUAACCCGCGACAUCAAUGGGAAUGAUAACACAAUCUUUCUCAAAGCGACUCUUCCUAACCAACAAGGAGAGCGCGUUGUCGCCGGUAUAGCGAUAUGGAUGCAGUUAUCAAUGGUCGAGGGUCGCGGGGUGAAGCCAUCCGAUGAUUUGCGCGAGUCAAAGGAUCUUGACGUCUUUUACCCGAAUAACGAACCUGAACAGCGCUACCUUUGCCAGGUCUACCGCUCGUUUGUGAAGCGCCGGAUUGAGGUGGUUAAGGAAAAGGAGUCAUCGCAACAACCGUCGUUGAUGCAUCUCCGAUCAUGCGCGGUGGAUCCGGCAUAUCAAAGAAGAGGAAUCGCCUUGAGGUUGGUCCAAUGGGGACUUGACGAAGCAAAACGUAGAGGUGGUCUAGAAGCUAUCACGGAGGCGUCUAGCAUGGGUCGGCAUGUCUACCAGCGCUUAGGCUUCUAUGGAGAAGGGCCAGAUAUGGAAUAUCUUGUUGAUAGCGAAUUUGAAUCACGAGAUAGGCCACCUAAUCUCUUCAUGCGUACUGGGCCAACGAAGAGCAAAGAUAUAUAGCCGUGUAUCCUAUCCUUAACAAUGUAAAUACCAUCAAAGAGGCUAGACGAUACUUUAUUACCUAGAACCCCUAACACGUGCUCUUUAGGGGAUGAACAAAUAUAACAAUUGCCUUGUAUGGAUACACAUAAUCGCAUAGCUAUGCUAUUGUGCAUUCAAACAAGGAGAACAAUUCUUCGUGUGCAAAGAAAUUCGG